AUGGCGCUGGGCUGCCCCUCUUUCUCAAUCAACGACAUCCUCACCCGGGGACGUGACGCACGAGACAACAUUGCAACUUCACGGGAUCUGACAGAACUAUGUACGUUAAAGCUGGCCACCACCAACCAGGACCGGCCAACCGAGAGCAGGGAUGGGAGCUCGAGGGGCACGGGUUCAUCCACGUCGGACUGCAGUGAGGAGCACAACCGGGAUGAGAUGGAGAUUAAACACUUCCGCCAAGGAAAUAUUGGUUCCUCUCCCGGUUUGGGCGACAUCAGGAACCCCACAUCUGAGUCCGGUAGUGAAGAGUCCACUGGAGAAGAUGCGGAAUACAUGUCAUGCAGAAAAGGUACGUCACCCUCUCAGUCUGUCUAUAAGAUUAUUGAUAUCGACCAGGAAUCUAAAUGCAAUCAUGAUACAGGUUUGUUGUUGGAAUGCGAUUAUGCUGAUCAAUAGGCUACUGUAGGCUAUAACGCUUUGUCUCACCAAGCCAUAGCCAUAUACAGUGAGCAAACUGUCCGUAUAGGCCUACAGUGAACAAAAUCAAUUCCGCACUGAACAUACUAAAUUCCAUAUAUAAUGAAAAAAACUCAGUUCUGCUUGGUUAUUUCCAGGCCUACAUUUGAUAUGGCUUUCGAUUGUUUUUAUUUUGCAACCUCGGCUCACAUUUUCAUGCACAUCAAAUGUAUUCUUCUAUUACUUAUUACUUUGACAACUGUAAUCUAACAAAUCAGAUGAAUAAUGCAGGCUAUAAUAAUAGGCUGUAUAUAAUAAGAAGCAUGCUUAAUAAUCAGAUGAUUACGAGUAAAAUUAUAACCCCACUUACUGGCUUUGAACUUCUCAUUUAUUGAGUAAUAAAUGUGUUGGAGAGACAUAGACUAGCAUACGUUGUUGCUAUUUGAAACAUAAAGAGGUCGCGAAAUAACCCCAACGCCUUUUACUUGAUUCUUUCCUCCAAUACAGACAUAAACAACAAACAACUACCCAGUCUGGAUCAGGACAAACAGAGGGAGGAAGAGGAGGAUGAGGAGGAGAGAGAGAGUUGUUACAACACCGUAGGCCAACCCAUAUCUGGUAACAAGAAGCGCUCCCGUGCGGCCUUCUCCCACGCGCAGGUCUACGAGCUAGAGCAUCGGUUUAACGUGCAGCGCUACCUGUCUGGUCCUGAACGGGCGGACCUGGCGGGCGCCCUGAAGCUCACGGAAACCCAGGUGAAAAUCUGGUUUCAGAACCGGAGAUAUAAGACCAAACGGCGGCAAAUGGCGGCCGAACUAGCCGCCCGUAGCUACUCUACACCAGCCACACUGGCUAAGAAAGUGGCGGUGAAGGUCCUGGUUCGAGACGAUCAAAGACAGUACGGAGGGGAUGACCUGCCCAGUCCGCCUGCUCUGCCUCUCUACCCGGCCUACCAAUAUGGAUACUACCCCUACAUGUACUGCUUCCAGCCAUGGCUCUCUAGCAAUGCACUUUGUGGGAGCAUGCAUUGA